AUGAAUACACCAAAUAAGAUUAUGGUUUGGAACCAUAGAGGCGCGACUAGCAAAUCUUUUUAUAGAUAUUGCAAGCAGUAUGUGGACUUGUAUCAUCCGUCGAUGAUUGUAAUUCUAAAAACCAGAUGUGAUCCAAAUCUUUUGAAGAAUUCUUUUUCGAAGUUAGGUUUUGAUGAGAUUAUGGUGGUGGAUAAUAGAGGUUAUUCAGGUGGUAUUGUGGCAGCGUGGAACAAAAGCUCGCUGGAGGUUAAAUGUUGUACGAGAGAAGAUCAGCUUAUGCAUCUCCACAUUAUUGUCACCAAGGAGCAGGAAUUUUACUUUACAGUAGUUUAUGCUAAUCCUCAGGAGAAUAGAAAGAAGAUCAUGUGGGAGAAGUUGAAAGAAAUUUCUGCUAGCAUUCAAAAGCCGUGGCUCGUAGCAGGAGAUUUCAAUGACAUUGCUAGUAGUUCUGAAAAAAGAGGUGGAUUACAAGCUUCUCAAAGCAGAUGCACCAUUUUCCGCAAUAGAUUUCAGAAUUGUAAGAUUGAUGAUCUUGAAGCUAGAGGCCCAAACUUUACGUGGCGUGGACCAAUUUUUCAUGGAGGACAACAAAUUUAUGAAAAGUUGGAUCGUGCCUUAUGCAACGAUAGCUGGAGAUGGAGAUUUCUGGAUGCUUAUGUCAAAGUGCUAGCGCCUGUUGAGUUCUCGAAUCAUCAUCCUAUCCUCAUUGUCCCAACCAUGACAAUCAAUAAUAAAUUAGAAAAACCAUUCAGAUUUGAAAAUGCUUGGUUGAUAAAGGAUUCUUAUCAUGUCAUGAUCAAGCAAAUUUGGAAUAAUGAAGCCAACUUUCUUCAGAAUAUCAGAAGCACUAGAGAAGGAAUUAAAGAAUGGAAGUUUGAAACUUUUGAUGAGGUUAGAAGAAAUAAGGCAGUAGUUAUGAGAAGACUAGAAGGUAUCCAAAGGAAACUUCAACAACAUUAUAACUAUGGAGGUAUGAAAAGGUUGGAAGCUCAUUUACAAAAAGAAUUAAGCACUAUUUUGAAACAAGAAGAGUUAAUUUGGUUUCAAAGAGCCAAAACCAACUGGCUUAAGGAUGGAGAUCGGAACACGCGGUACUAUCACAUGAAAGCUAGUACAAGGAGGAAAAGAAACAAGAUUCAUAUGCUCAAAGAUAAAAAUGGGACAUGGGUGGAUGAAAAUGAUACAUUGCAGAAGAUGGUUACUCAGUAUUUUAAAUCUAUGUUUGAUAGCACGAAUAAAUGCUGCCAGUGGUUUCAGACAGAUGUAUCCUUCCCGAAGCUUAGUGCGAGAGUUUACGUAACUUGGAUGAAAGUCUUACAACAAAUGAAGUUAGAAGAGCUUUAUUUGCAAUGA